AUGCAGCUCCAGCGACGUCCGCGUGAGUCCCUCACGCCCCAGCAGCUUCGUGAGUGGUACGCUACUUGGAGUUGUCGGGGUGGCCGUAGUGAGAGUCGUUCUGGCGUGAGUAGUUCGGGAGCUGCUUGUAGUGGCCAGGUGCAGCUGCAGCGUAGUCCGCGCGCGGUCCUUUCGCCCCAGCAGCUUCGUGAGUGGUACGCUCAGCGUGGAGGGUCACGGAGUACUGCUCGCUGUCCGUACGUCAUUCGCACUGGUGCUCGGACUGGUCAGCCUUGCGGGACGUUUGGUCACGCAGAGUCCCGCUGCUUUGCCCGUCUGAGCGACGCCUGGCGUACGGAGUUUGGCGACGCCGCUGAGCUCCCCGACUGGGUGGAGCUGCUUAGGCAGAGGGUAGAUAUCUAUGCUCUUGACUAUGAUGCUAUCCUCACUUCCAUGUAUGCAUUGCCUACUAGUGAUGUGGGUGACUGUUACCUGUGUGUUCCGCCUGACCCGGGCAUUGAGGCUGCUGCUCUAGGUGCUGGUGAGGCUGCUGCUCUAGGUGCUAGUGCGUCUACUCCUCCAGGUGCUGGUGAGUCUGCUGCCCCAGGUGCUGGUGAGUCUGCUCUCUCAGGUACCACGUCGGCUCAGGUUUUACACACCUUCACCCUUGACUCGGGUGCUUCCCGCUCCUUCUUUCGAGACCGCACCACACUCACGCCGCUCAGUCGGCCGGUUGCAGUCUCCCUGGCAGACCCCUCUGGGGGUCCUGUCCUUGCCCACUUCUCCACUGUCUUACCGAUGGAGGGGUUGACCAGUUCACUCCUGCGCGUCAGCGAGUGA